AUGGGAAGACAAUCUGUGAUGUUGCUUGUGAUAUGUCUGACCCUGGUGGUUCACCCGGUGAAGCUCAUUUAUGCGAAUAUGGAAGGUGAUGCUUUGCAUAGCCUGAGGAUUAACUUAGACGAUCCAAACAGUGUGCUCCAGAGUUGGGAUCCUACCCUUGUUAACCCUUGCACUUGGUUUCAUGUCACCUGCAACAAUGAUAAUAGUGUUAUACGAGUUGAUCUUGGAAACGCAGCUCUAUCUGGUACUCUGGUCCCACAGAUUGGUCUGUUAAAGAAUUUGCAGUACUUGGAAUUGUACAGCAAUAAUAUAAGUGGUCCAAUCCCUAAUGAUCUUGGAAAUUUGACAAACUUAGUCAGCUUAGAUCUUUACCUCAACAGUUUCUCUGGACCCAUUCCAGUCACAUUGGGCAAGCUGUCAAAGUUGCGAUUCCUCCGGCUUAACAAUAACAGCUUGACUGGUCCAAUUCCUAUGCAAUUGACUAAUAUCACAUCGUUGCAAGUGCUGGAUUUAUCAAACAAUCAUCUCUCAGGAUCAGUUCCAGAUAAUGGCUCAUUCUCACUAUUUACACCCAUCAGUUUUGCUAACAACCUGGAUCUCUGUGGCCCCGUUACUGGACGUCCUUGCCCAGGAUCUCCUCCAUUCUCUCCACCUCCACCCUUUGUGCCACCACCCCCGAUUGCUUUACCAGGUGGAAGCAGCGCGACUGGAGCCAUAGCUGGCGGGGUUGCUGCCGGAGCUGCUCUACUGUUUGCCGCCCCUGCCAUCGCAUUUGCAUGGUGGAGGCGUCGAAAACCUCAAGAAUUUUUCUUUGAUGUGCCUGCUGAAGAAGAUCCUGAAGUUCAUUUGGGACAGCUUAAAAGGUUUUCCUUACGAGAAUUACAAGUUGCAACGGAUAGUUUUAGCAAUAAAAACAUAUUGGGUAGAGGUGGAUUUGGGAAGGUAUACAAAGGACGUUUAGCGGAUGGCUCACUGGUUGCUGUUAAACGAUUGAAGGAAGAGCGCACUCCUGGUGGGGAGCUCCAGUUUCAAACAGAAGUUGAGAUGAUUAGUAUGGCUGUGCAUCGUAAUCUCCUUCGUUUAAGGGGAUUUUGUAUGACACCAACUGAACGGUUGCUUGUCUAUCCAUAUAUGGCCAAUGGAAGUGUUGCGUCCUGUUUGAGAGAGCGGCCACCAAAUGAGCCACCAUUAGAUUGGCCAACCCGAAAACGAAUUGCUUUGGGAUCUGCUCGAGGACUUUCUUAUUUGCACGACCAUUGUGACCCGAAGAUCAUCCAUCGUGAUGUUAAAGCUGCAAAUAUUUUGUUGGAUGAGGAGUUCGAGGCUGUUGUUGGGGAUUUUGGUUUGGCUAAAUUAAUGGAUUACAAAGAUACACAUGUUACUACUGCCGUACGUGGCACGAUUGGUCAUAUUGCUCCCGAAUAUCUCUCCACCGGAAAAUCAUCUGAGAAAACUGAUGUUUUUGGGUAUGGAAUUAUGCUUUUGGAACUAAUCACGGGACAGCGGGCAUUUGAUCUUGCUCGCCUUGCUAAUGACGAUGAUGUCAUGUUACUUGAUUGGGUUAAAGGGCUUUUAAAAGAGAGGAAGCUGGAAAUGCUUGUGGAUCCUGAUCUAGAAGCCAAUUACAUAGAUUCAGAAGUCGAACAACUGAUUCAGGUUGCAUUGCUGUGCACACAAGGCUCACCUAUGGAUCGACCCAAGAUGUCAGAUGUCGUGAGAAUGCUUGAAGGGGACGGGUUGGCUGAACGAUGGGACGAGUGGCAGAAAGUUGAAGUUCUCCGACAAGAAGUGGAUCUUGCACCGCAUCCAAAUUCCGACUGGAUUCUUGAUUCUACGGAGAAUUUGCAUGCUGUUGAAUUAUCUGGUCCCAGGUAAUAAGUAAGAAACAACAGAUUUUAUUCAAAUUAUUAUGAUAACCAACUAGUUUAAAAGCAGUUAUGUUAUGGUGGUUAAUUUUGUGCAUAUUUGAGGAGUUUGUAUAAUGUUUAUGAAUCAUUUUACAGAUGAUUUUGUUGAUAGGCUUUAAUUGGAAAA